UGAGGGAGGUUGUGUUGCGCAUGCGCACCCAUUGUAACAAGAUGGCUGAGAGUGCGGAACUGAAGCAAAUGGUAAUGAGCCUUCGAGUUUCUGAGCUCCAAGUGUUGUUGGGCUAUGCGGGACGGAAUAAGCACGGGCGCAAACAUGAACUUUUGACCAAAGCUCUUCACCUACUCAAGGCUGGCUGCAGUCCUGCUGUGCAGAUGAAGAUCAAAGAACUCUACAGACGACGCUUCCCAACCAAAAUGGUUUCGCCAGUGGACCUAGCGCUUCCUGUAGUCCACUCUGCAUCCAGCUUACCUACAGGCCUCACUCAGCUGGGAUUUGACAGCCAUGGUUCUCCAUCACCGCUGCUGCCUGUUUCUCUACUUGGACCUAAGCAUGAGCUGAGUCUGCCUCACUUGCCCUCUCCCCUUCACCCUGUACACCCAGAUGUCAAGCUCCAGAGAUUGCCAUUCUACGAUGUGCUGGAUGAGCUUAUUAAGCCGACCAGCCUGGUUUCAGACAACAGUCAGCGGUUCCAGGAAGCUUGUUACGCCUUUGCAUUAACACCACAGCAAGUUCAACAGAUCAGCGGUUCGAUGGACAUAUCUGGGACCAAAUGUGACUUUGCAGUUCAAGUCCAGUUAAGAUUCUGCUUAUCAGAGACAAGCUGUCCACAGGAGGACCAUUUUCCCCAAAAUCUGUGUGUGAAAGUUAACAGCAAGCCCUGUAAUCUCCCCGGGUAUCUUCCCCCCACCAAAAACGGCGUUGAACCCAAAAGGCCCAGUCGUCCUAUUAACAUAACCUCCCUUGUCCGGUUGUCUACUACAGUUCCAAAUACAAUUGUGGUAUCUUGGACGUCGGAAAUAGGAAGGAGUUUUUCUAUGGCGGUAUAUCUGGUAAGACAGCAGUCGUCUGCUGUGUUGUUGCAAAGACUACGAGCCAAAGGAAUCAGGAACCCCGACCACUCUAGAGCCCUAAUCAAGGAGAAACUGACAGCUGAUCCAGAGAGUGAGAUCGCUACCACCAGUCUACGAGUGUCUCUCCUGUGUCCUCUGGGAAAGAUGAGGCUGACUAUUCCGUGCCGAUCAAUAACCUGCUCACACCUCCAGUGCUUUGAUGCUACACUUUAUAUCCAAAUGAAUGAGAAGAAGCCGACAUGGGUGUGUCCGGUGUGUGACAAGAAGGCCCCAUACGAGAACCUUAUUAUUGAUGGGUUGUUCAUGGAAAUCCUGAAUAGCUGCUCAGACUGUGAUGAAAUCCAGUUUAAGGAAGAUGGAAGCUGGGCCCCUAUGAGAUCAAAGAAGGAGGUGCAGGAGGUUUCUGCUUUCUACAACGGCGUUGACAGCGAUUUAUCUAGAGGAGAAUCCCAUGAGCAGAAACGGGGAUCAUCUCAAGACAGCAAGAAAGUUGAUGUGAUUGAUCUGACACUGGACAGCUCCUCAGAAGACGAACAGGACGACGAACCACCUCCAAAAAGAAUUUGCCCCUCACUGUCGCCUGUCUCUCCUCCUGCAAGCAAGGGAGUGCUGAAUCUUCACAACCAAACCUCACCUGUGGCCAGAGCUCCCAGCAUGCCUCCUGUGGAGAGCAGCUACAUUCCUCCCCCGCCACCGCUCAUACAGGACUACCGCCAUUAUUAUCACACAAGUGACCUGCCAGAUCUAAAUUUCUUUUCCUUCCUUCAAAGUGACAAUCAGCAUUACAACAUGGUGAUGGCUGCUGCAGCGGCCGCAUCGGCCUCUGCCCCAGAGGACCAUGACCUGCUCCUUAACCGUUUCCUGCCCUACGGAUCUUCUCCGAUGCUCCGGGAGCAGCCGGGCACCCCCGGGAGCAGCACGCUGGCAACGACCAACGGAGGCAGCAACAGUGGCAGCACCAGUAGUUUGGUGUCUUCGAGCAGCCUACGGGACCGUGACAAGGACAGAGACAGCCACAGCAUUUCUGGAUUAUCAAGGUCCACCAUGGAGGCAGCGGCAGCUGCUGCGGCCAUUUACGGCUCAAUUUCUGACGUUAUCUCUCUUGACUAGAUCCACACAGAACUGAAGCACAAGGGAGAGCUCAAACGAGAGUUGUUUGUAAAUAAUAAUGUGGAAGAUGAACGAUAAAAGUGCUAUGUACAGAGAGGAAAAUCUAUUUUCAAUUUUACUUAUCAAAUGUAUAUAAACUUGGGACGCUUCUUGUGCGUUGCGUUACUUGCGUUGAUAUUUUUCUGUGAAUACUGAAGACUUUUUCACACCUCUUCAUGUGGUCUUGAUUAUAUUGUAGCUUUUGUACCUGUUUUUACUAUUUUGUUUCAGUGUUUUAUGUCAGUGUCAUUAUUGCAGCAAACCCCAGUGAUGCAACACCUUACGGGACAUAGUUGGAGCAUAAAGAAAAUGUUGAUUAAAGACAAAAACAAACAAUGUUUUCUUUAUGUUCUGAAUUGGGUUUCUGUUUUAAUGUAUCAACAGCAAAAAGAUCUGGCCACAUAGUAGAUUUAUUUUCUCUAGAAUAUUCAUGCAGUGGUUAUUAUUUUUGAAUAAUUAUUUAUAUUUUAAGUUAUAUUGAGUGUGCUUUUUUUCCUUUUAAAGCACACCCUCUGCCUGUUGGAAUCGUUGCCACUAGAAACGCAGGAGUGAGUGUAAUACCCUUCUGUUGUCAAAACCUCAUUUUUUCUCUCCUUGUAAAAUCAAAUUAUAGUUUAUUGCUCAAACUAUAUGUAAAAUGCAAAGAUUGGGAGUAAGUCAGUAUUGUUAGAGCUACAUUUUUCAUUGUGUGAAUGAAGGACACCGGUCCAGCAAGCACCCAUGACUGCACCUUUAUAUAUAUAUAUAUAUAUAUAUAUAUAUAUAUAUAUAUAUAUAUAUAUAAUGUAUAUAUAUAUAUAUAUAUAAGUUAGCGUUUGUCUUUAAUGUAAAGCUUUUUAUUUUGCAUAUUACACCUGAAACACACAAAACUACAACGAAACCACCAGUUGACAAACUUCUGCUCCACUUUUAAAAAAAAUUCUGGUCAAUUUGAAAUGAAUUUGAAAGUUACAACUAUUGAGAGUUUAUGCAUUUUAAUUACAUUUCCUUGAUUUAUUGUAGCACUUGCAUCAUUUCUAUUUUAUUUUUUUAGUUCUGUGGAGCAGUAAAGCAUUAUAGUUCACACUUAGUAGUUUCCUGCUGUGUGUGAGUGCGUGCACGUGCGUGCGUGCGUGUGUCAGUUACCUGAAAGCUCAUCUGUUUAGGAGAUAUGCUGUUCUGUAGUGAGGCCACAGGAUGCAUAGCCUCCUCCAUUUUUAGCUUUCUGUGUUUAACGUGUUUGCAACAGCCUUUAUGAUAACUGUGAUAGCUUAGGCUUUGUAAAUCAUGAACCGCGCUUUGGCCCAGAGGUUGAAAGUCUUUGAAAUCAUAACAAAUGUGUGUCAUCGCGCCCCCCCCCCCCCCCUAUUUGUUUUUCUCAUUUUAUUUUGGACUUUUGCAUACAGUUAGGAUUAUUUAUUAUCAUAUAUAUUUUUCGCAUCAGUUUGAUCAGUAAGUGAACAUUGCUGUUAUUGUAUGUGAAUUUCUUUUGUAAUUAUAUAAUUAUUCCUAUUUAAAGAUGUCACUGUUGCUUGACAUGCAUUGUACAAUUUUUAGUUGCUCUCUUUGCUAUCAGAUGAUGUCAGUCACUCAACAGAGGCUUUGAUCAUUUUGAAAUGCUAGAAGGUUUAUUGUCCUAAUUAUGUAAAAGAAUUAAACCCAUAAAAUAAUUAAA